GAACGUAUCGUUCUUUUAAAUUAAUACAGAAUUCUCAUAAACCAAACAUCUUCCUUGCGGCAGCCCGUCUCUUCUUCUUGAAAAAAUACACCUAUCCUGAGAAAGAUGAAAGAUAUGAUCAUAUUGCUGUGGGCGAUCAUGUGGGUGGUUUUGUUAAUGGAAGAGGGAGCUAAUAUAGAUCAGCAGAGCUCAAUCUGCUCAACUCAGUCUGCGGUCAAUACAACGUCACCAACGUCCAGGACUUCUACACAAACCUCAACGCCACGUUCCUCAAACUCAGGGCGGAGCUCGUGGGCCGCAACACCUACUUCGCCACGGCUGACGAAGCGUCCGGUUCCAGCCCCACCUACGCCAUGGGCCAUGGUUGAUCUUGCUAGUGCAAAAGCAAGAUCAACAAGGCGCUUCAUUGUAUCCUACGGGCAUUUCGGGUUACUCCUUUUGCAUACCAGAUCUGGUGGGGGUGAAAUUAGCCUAAAGGAAAGUGGCAUUUGCAACACGCCUUGAAGCCAUUUGCAGAUUUUCUACCGUUUUUCUUCAACAAUCUUUAGGCUAAUUUUUCUGUUUUGCAAUUAUGGCUGCAACUUUACUUGAGAUGGCUACUAAUUUCCAGAAGUUAGAUUGCUUUGAUGGGGGCAACUUUAUUCGAUGGCA